UGCUUGUGUAUUACGCCACUCGAGCAAAAUGACUUCUCAGAUAUUUGAUCCUCAGCCGUUUGGUUCAUCGUCGCACUCGCCAUUUUUAUUUAGUCAUGAUACAAUUAAAACCAGAGAUUCAAUCAUUCUUUCAAGGUUCUACUUUAGAAUUCUUCCUAAAUGGGACGAAAGUAAAACUUCAUAACCCGAAUCCUCAAUGGACACUCUUAGACUUCAUAAGGUCUCAAGAUGAUCUCAAGGGCACCAAGCUCGGUUGCGGCGAAGGCGGAUGCGGGGCCUGUACUGUUGUACUUCAAACUCUUGAUAAAUUUGCAGACUUUCGAAAGAUAAAGCAUAUUGCUGUGAAUGCUUGUCUCUUUCCUUUGAUAGGAGGUAAGACAGCAUACAGACACAUCUCUUGAUCAGAGCUGACGGAUGGCAGUGGUUGGGAAACAUGUCAUCACCAUCGAGGGUCUUGGAAAUGCCGACCAUCCUCACCCACUACAAGAACGUAUUGCAAAACUUCACGGAUCACAGUAAGAAACUUUAACACCACAAGUUAGUCUGUGAAGGGGUCUAAUCGUAAUUUUUAGAUGUGGCUUUUGUACUCCUGGUAUUGUCAUGUCAUUGUAUGCCUUGAUCAGGAAUUCUUACGACCCGGUAUCAAAGUCAUUUCAAGUAUCUGCAGAUGAUGUGGAAUUAGAGGGACAUUUAGAUGGAAACCUUUGCAGAUGUACCGGCUAUAAACCCAUUUUGCAAGCUGCAAAGACAUUUAUCACUGAUGACCUGAAUGGAAAAUUAUCCAUUCCUAGGUCAGAUACUGUCAAUGAGCGUGCACCCGAAACAGAUCUUCCUAAUAUCCCAUUACAUUCGGACAUUGAUUCUGUCGAAACUAGAGAUCAGAAUGCUUCCUGUGGAAGAAUUGGAGGGUGCUGUAGAGACUCGCCAAGUAAUGAUUCAUGCGGAUCUCGAACUAACUCUUCGGAACAUUCUCCAGAGGAAAGCCUCACUCAACGUUCCCAAAGCUCAAUAAGUUCCCCUGGCGAUGAUACUAUGUCUUCGAAAAGCUUGCUAUCACCGGAUUCGGAAGACCUACAACAUUCGUUCAUUCCUUACCGUCCUCAGACCGAACUUAUAUUUCCACCGGCUCUCCACAGCUUCACAACAAAACCGCUAUAUUACGGAAAUGACACGAAUAUGUGGCUAUUGCCGACAACACUUGAGCAACUCCUUCUGAUUAAACAGAUAUAUCCCACAGCUAAGCUAGUAUGUGGAGCUAGUGAAACUCAAAUUGAGGCCCGAUUCAAACACACUUCAUUACCUAUCUCAGUUUAUGUUUCGGAAAUUGAAGAGCUUCAAGGUAUGAGUAUACCACAAGAUGAUGAACUCCAAUCGUGUACAGAAAUUAUCUUUGGGGCAAACACCCCUUUGACAGGGGUGGAAUAUGCUUGUCGCAGGAUCUUUCAGAAACUUGGGCAGAGAGGUUUGGUUUUCGAGGCUAUGAGGAAACAACUGCGUUACUUCGCAGGAAGGCAAAUCCGUAACAUCGCUUCUCUUGCCGGAAAUAUCAUUACAGCUUCCCCCAUUUCAGACAUCAACCCUGUACUUAUGGCAGCAGAUGCUGUUUUGACCGUUCAGAGCAAAGCCGAGGGGAGGAAGGACUUACCCAUGUCCGACUUCUUCGUUUCAUAUCGUACUACAAAGCUUCCAGUUGAUGCUAUGAUAGUAGAUGUUCGAGUUCCAUUGCCACCGCCGGAUGUUCGAGAGAUCAUCAAAGCAUAUAAGCAGGCCAAGAGGAAAGAUGAUGAUAUCGCAAUUGUGACGUCUGCAUUUCGGGUGCGACUUGAUAAAGAUGGUAUCGUCUCCCAAGUAUCAUUGGUAUAUGGUGGGAUGGCACCAAUGACUAUCAAAGCACAAAAAACUAUGAAGCUCUUGCUAGGUAAAACAUGGUACAGUCCAAUGACUCUCAAUGAAUCCAUGAAAAGUCUAACCGAAGAAUUUAAUUUGAGACACGAUGUUCCUGGUGGAAUGGCAUCAUAUCGUCGAACAUUAGCCAUGUCUCUAUUCUUUAGGUUCUGGCAUGAAGUAGUUUCUGAUUUGGGGCUGGGAAAGGUAGACCCUGAUCUCAUCAACGAAAUACAUCGAGGUAUUUCUUCAGGUACCAGGGAUAACUUUAAUCCGUAUGAACAACGUAUCGUAGGGAAACAAAUCCCACAUUUAUCAGCUUUGAAACAGACGACAGGAGAAGCGGAAUACAUAGAUGAUAUGCCUCGACAACAUCGAGAACUAUUUGGUGCUAUGGUUUUAUCAAGUCGUGCCCAUGCGAAGUUGGUAUAUGUCGAUUGGACACCAGCGAUUGAGUCAGGAUUUGCUUUAGGCUACGUCGACAUUAACGAUAUCCCAAUAGAUGCAAAUCUUUGGGGAUCUAUUAUGAAGGAUGAACCAUUCUUUGCAGACGGAAAAGUGUUUUCUCAUGGUCAACCUCUAGGUUUGGUAUAUGCAGAAACUGCUCUACAAGCACAAGCUGCUGCGAGAGCUGUUCGAGUUGAGUAUGAAGAUCUUCCGGUCAUUUUGACCAUUGAUGAAGCAAUUGAGGCGAAUAGUUACUUUCCUUAUGGGAACUCUUUGAAGAAAGGAGUUGCAAUUGAAGACAAAAUGGACGAUGUCUGGGCAUCAUGCGACAAAAUCUUUAAAGGUACUACUAGAAUAGGUGGUCAAGAGCACUUUUACUUAGAAACUAAUGCCUCGAUGGUGAUUCCAAAUAAGGAAGAUGGAACGUAUGAAGUGUGGUCAUCAACUCAAAACAGGUAAGACAAAUCAACUCUUCCUUCUAAUCCAAACGAUAGCUAAGAAUUCUCGCAGCAUGGAAACCCAAGAAUUUGUAGCUCAAGUAACUGGGGUUCCCAGCUCCCGUGUUAAUGCCCGGGUAAAACGUAUGGGAGGAGCCUUCGGUGGUAAAGAGUCCCGAAGUGUUCAACUCGCAGGUCUUCUUGCCGUUGCAGCCAAGAAAACUAAACGUCCCGUUCGAUGCAUGUUAAAUCGAGACGAAGAUAUGAUGACAACUGGACAACGUCAUCCAAUUCAAGCUCGCUGGAAAGUCGGCGUUAAAUCUGAUGGAAAAAUCGUUGCACUGGAAGCGGAUGUGUACACUAAUGCCGGGUUUUCACGAGAUAUGUCAGCUGCGGUGAUGGGAAGAUGUCUAACGCACUUCGAUAACUGUUAUGAAAUUCCUAACGUGCUUUUACGAGGUCAUUUGUGUAGAACUAAUACACAUAGUAACACAGCGUUCCGAGGUUUUGGGGGACCACAGGCCAUGUUCUUUGCAGAAACGUACAUGACUGCUAUUUCCGAAGGCCUGAACAUCCCCAUUGAUGAACUACGAUUCAAAAAUCUCUACAAACAAGGAGACCAUACGCCCUUUCUACAAACAAUUGAUCAAGACUGGCAUAUCCCUCUUCUCUUGGAAAAAAUCAAAAGCGAAACAAAAUACCUCCAACGUCUCCUCGCAAUCGAAAAUUACAAUAAAGAGCACAAAUACCGGAAACGUGGCAUAUCUCUACUUCCCACGAAAUUCGGUCUUUCAUUUGCCACAGCCCUUCAUCUAAAUCAAGCAUCUGCCUCCCUCAAAAUAUACGGCGACGGCAGCGUACUAUUAAAUCACGGGGGUACAGAAAUGGGCCAAGGCUUAUACACUAAAAUGGCCCAGAUAUGCGCUCAGGAACUAGGUGUACCUAUGUCAUCUAUCUUCACACAGGAUACAUCAAGUUAUCAAACUGCAAAUGCGAGUCCCACAGCCGCCAGUUCAGGAAGUGAUUUGAACGGUAUGGCUAUUUUAGAUGCUUGUAAACAAUUAAACUCGCGCUUAGCACCUUACCGAGAAAAGAUGGGAAAAGAUGCAAGUAUGAAAGACCUAGUACAUGCGGCUUAUCGUGAUCGAGUUCAUUUGAGUGCUAGCGGGUUUUGGAAAAUGCCACGCAUUGGGUAUGAAUGGGGAGUUUAUGAUAAAGAGAAAGUGAAGGAUAUGUAUUACUAUUUUACUCAAGGAGUAGCUGUUACCGAGGUCGAACUCGAUGUACUUACAGGUCAUCAUACAGUACUGAGAACGGAUAUAUUGAUGGAUAUCGGGAGAUCCAUCAAUCCGGCAAUUGACUAUGGUCAAAUUGAGGGAGCUUAUGUGCAAGGGUUGGGAUUGUUUACCAUGGAAGAAAGUCUUUGGACAAGUAAGGGUCAACUUUAUACGAAGGGACCUGGUACGUAUAAAAUACCGGGAUUUGCGGAUAUUCCCCAGAUUUUUAAUGUUUCCUUCUUGAAAGAUGAGGAGGGGAAAGAGAAGAUGUGGCAGGGAUUGAAGAGUGUACAGAGUAGUAAGGGAGUGGGUGAACCUCCUUUGUUUUUGGGAGCAGGAGUGUUCUUCGCACUAAGGAUGGCCGUUGGGAGUGCAAGGAUUGAUAAUGGGUUGGGAUUAAGCAGUCAGAAGGAUGGGGAAAUGGAGACAGAGGGUUGGAAUUUGGAUAGUCCGGCUACUGUGGAAAGAUUGAGAAUGGCGGUCGGGGAUGAAAUUAGUGAGAUGGGGAAGGUGGAGAGGAAAGAGGGGGAGAAAUCUUUCUUUGUUUCUGUUGCUUGAUUUUGGGUAUGUCUGUGGUUCAUUCUUUGGAAGGAGAUAAUAAGGAAAAUGAUAUAUAUUGGAAAGUUGGAAAUGUAAUGAGCACAAACUUGAAAGUUUAAGUGGUAUAAAUGUAUCCUCUUUAUUUGAUUACACUCCAUCCACUUUCUAUAUGAGUUUAAACUAGUGAUGUUGUGAGAAAGUUGAAAUUAUAGACCAAAUA